CCAUGCCUGUGGCCUCCACCAGAACAGAGCCUGCAGUGCCCCAGGUGUUGGACACAAUGAGCGACAGCACCACCAGCUCCACCACGGCCAACGACCUGGACCUCAUCUACCUCAAAGGCAUUAUGGAGAGCCCAGUGGUGCGACACACACACGAGCAAGAGGAGACCCUGGUGGAGCCCCGUCUGUCAGCGGUGAGAGAAAACAACGUGGAGCUACUGCAGGAAAUCCUCCGAGACCUUGACCCCUUCACACACCGCUCCGACACUGCAGCUGAGCUGUCCCGCAUCCUCACACAACCUCACUUCCAGUCUCUGCUGGAGACUCACGAUUCGGUGGCGUCCCAGGCGUGUGAGAGCCCGCCCCCCAGCCCGUGCGAUUAUGUGGAUCAUGACCCCGGUGACGGCCACACACACAACCUGCCCCCCCCACCUGACGCCAUCCGCAUGGUGGGCAUACGCAAAGUGGCCGGGGAGCAUCUGGGUGUGACAUUUCGGGUGGAGGGCGGAGAGCUGGUGAUUGCUCGCAUCCUGCACGGAGGGAUGAUCGACCAGCAGGGACUGCUGCACGUCGGGGAUAUCAUCAAAGAGGUGAACGGGCGAGAGGUGGGCCAGGACCCCAGGGUGCUGCAGGAGGAGCUGCAGGCGGCCAGCGGCAGCGUGGUCCUGAAGAUACUGCCCAGCUACCAUGAAACUAUCCAGCCCAGACAGGUGUUCUUCAAGUGUCACUAUGACUACGACCCAGCCAAUGACAACCUGAUUCCAUGUAAGGAGGCGGGGCUAAGGUUUGAGACAGGGGACAUCCUGCAGAUCGUCAACCAGGACGACGUCAACUGGUGGCAGGCCCGUCAUGUGGAAGGUGGCAGUGCAGGGCUGAUCCCCAGUCAGCUGCUGGAAGAGAAGAGGAAAGCAUUUGUCAAGAGAGACGUGGAACUGGCACCUGCAGGAAAUCUUUGCACUGGUGUUGGAGGAAAGAAGAAGAAGAAAAUGAUGUAUCUGACCACCAAAAAUGCUGAGUUUGACAGGCAUGAAUUGUUGAUCUACGAGGAGGUGGCCAAAGUCCCGCCUUUCAAGAGGAAGACUCUGGUCCUGAUUGGUGCGCAGGGUGUGGGGAGGCGGAGACUGAAGAACAAACUUCUGCUGAGGGAUCCACAACUUUUUGGCACCACUAUUCCAUAUACCUCCAGAAAACCCAAAUCGGGGGAGCGGGAGCUUCGCAUGUACGCUUUCACCAGCCGCAGUAAGAUGGAAGCAGACCUAAAGAACGGACGCUAUCUGGAGCACGGAGAAUACGACGGCAACCUGUACGGAACCAAGAUCGACUCCAUACACGAGGUGGUGGAGGCGGGACGCGUCUGCAUACUGGACGCCAACCCUCAGUCUCUUAAGGUGCUGAGGACGUCUGAGUUUCUGCCCUACGUGGUGUUUCUCCAGGCUCCAGACUUCGAGGUGCUCAAGGCCUUGAAUCACUCAGCUGUGGAGGCAGAGGUGGUUACAAAGACACUGACAGAUGGGGAGCUGCAGAGGACUUGUGACGACAGUGCCCGUAUCCAGGCAGCAUAUGGUCACUACUUCGACCUCACCGUCGUCAACGACAACCUGGACGAAACGUACCGCACCCUCAAGGCCGCCCUGGAGACGGUUUCCAAGAACCCGCAGUGGGUCCCUGUCACCUGGGUGUUUUAGAGAGG